AUGAUGCCGCACCAACGUGCCUGCCUACUCCUUUCGAAGCAGCCGCUUCUAGCUGGAAGACUUAUCUACUCCCAAAUCCUCCUCCCUCGAACGCUUCGAGCAAUCAUUCCUCACCGGAGGCUUUAUACCACGGAGAACCACACCCCCCGAUUCGCCGAGACUCCAUCUGAAGAUGAAACACAAGAUUUGUCGCAUUUAGAUCCAUCGCCAGAGGACUAUUCCCGCUUUAUCUUCCAGGACAAAUGUUCUGUCACAAUGCAUGCCGGUGCUGGCGGCCACGGGUGUGUUGCAUUCCUACGAGAAAAAUACAUUGAAGAGGUCUACACAAACUCGCCCGAAGGGGCGUCAUCCGAGCUAGCCGAGGGAAAAAAUGGACAAGGCAAGAGUAAAGGUGGGAAACGUGGCGACGAUGUCUUGAUCCAGGUACCAGUUGGGACAGUGGUUCGUGAGAUCGAUCGUCAUGAUCCUGUCGCAGAAGAGAUGGCCACGAGGCGAAAAAUUUAUGAGGAUCAGCAGACCGAGCAGCAAGAACGCCGUGCACAGCGUCUUGAGAAGCGUCUCGAGCAGCGCGCAAAGCUGAUAGAGGAAUUGGAAGAAGGGGAGGAGCUUGAGGAGAUGGAGGAGGAGGAAGAUGAUGAAAUCACUCCAAUUCGCUUUGAUCGCUGGGUGCUUUAUCCUGGCGCAAACCCAGCCGACUUCUUGACGGUAGACUUCCCUCGAUUAAAACCGCGGCGACAGGGCAUUGCUGCAAUGGAACCGCAGGCCCCGAUCUUCCUUGAUCUUUCGGCGCCAAUGGACAAGCCUAUGUUGCUGGCAGCCGGUGGUGCCGGUGGGCUGGGAAACCCUCAUUUUGUUGGUCGUGUUAGAGGACGGCCGAAGUUUGCAUCCCGGGGCGAAGGUGGAACGAGGCUAGAGCUUGACUUUGAACUCAAGUUGCUCGCAGAUGUUGGCCUGGUCGGCAAACCAAAUGCUGGAAAAAGCACUCUUCUGCGAUCAUUGACGAACAGUCGCACUCGGAUUGGAAACUGGGAGUUUACUACCUUGAACCCACACAUCGGCACUGUUAUCGUUGACGACCAUCGAGGCAGACCACUGGUUGAGACCCGGGGAAAGAAACACCGUACUCAUUUUACGAUUGCAGAUAUUCCGGGUCUGGUUGAAGGUGCACACCUCGACCGGGGUCUUGGUCUCGGAUUCCUUCGACACAUCGAUCGGGCGGGCAUCCUGGCCUUUGUGUUGGAUCUGAGUAACGGUGACCCCGUACAAGAGCUGCAGAAGCUAUGGCAUGAACUCGGCGAGUAUGAACGAAUUCGUGACUCUGAGCCUGAGUCCGUUCCCGAUGAACCGCAGGGCGUGAUUGACUGGGAUACAUCUUCUGCUGCUUAUCCAGAGUUUGAAGACGACUCGCCUCAGGAGACUUAUCACAGACCAGCUCGAGGUCUCCCUCAUCUUCCCAUGCCCCCCCUCCACACCAAGGCUUGGUUUGUCGUGGCGACUAAGGCUGAUCUCGAGCACACACAACCACAGUACCGAGCGCUCCAAGAGUAUUUGACUGCGGUGGAGAAGGGUACGGUUGAGCACCCAUCUGGACACUCUGACGGCUGGAAACAAAAAUUGCGAGCUGUUCCUGUCAGUGCUAUUCGAGGAGAGGGCGUAACUCAAAUCCCAAAGCUGGUGAUGGAGUUCCUAGAUUGA